AUGGAAGAGUCGCAGGCAGAACUCAGCAUGGAGCCCCCUCUGAGUCAGGAGACAUUUUCCGACUUGUGGAACCUACUUCCUGAAAACAACCUUCUGUCCUCCGAGCUGUCCUCACCCGUGAGUGACCUGCUAUCACCCGUAAUGACUUCAGAAGAUGUUGCCAACUGGCUGGAUGAAUGUCCGAAUGAAGCCCCCCAAAUGCCAGAGCCUCUUGCCCCAGCUGCCCUGCCACCAGCCACCCCAACACCAGCCACCUCCUGGCCCCUGUCGUCCUUCAUCCCCUCCCAGAAGACCUACCCUGGCAAUUACGGUUUCCGUCUAGGGUUCCUGCAUUCCGGAACAGCCAAGUCUGUAACCUGCACGUAUUCCCCUUCCCUCAACAAGCUGUUCUGCCAGCUGGCCAAGACCUGCCCGGUGCAGCUAUGGGUCGACUUGCCACCUCCGCCCGGCACCCGCGUCCGCGCCAUGGCCGUCUACAAGAAGUCGGAGCACAUGACGGAGGUUGUGAGGCGUUGUCCCCACCAUGAGCGCUCUGACUAUAGCGAUGGUCUGGCCCCUCCUCAGCACCUUAUCCGGGUGGAAGGGAAUUUACGCGCCGAGUAUUUGGACGACCGGAACACUUUUCGACACAGUGUGGUGGUGCCCUAUGAGCCGCCCGAGAUCGCCUCUGAGUGCACCACCAUCCACUACAACUUCAUGUGUAACAGCUCUUGCAUGGGGGGCAUGAACCGGCGGCCCAUCCUCACCAUCAUCACACUGGAAGACUCUCGUGGUAACCUGCUGGGACGGAACAGCUUUGAGGUGCGUGUUUGUGCCUGUCCUGGGAGAGACCGCCGCAUUGAGGAAGAAAAUUUCUACAAGAAGGGGCAGUCUUGCCCCGAGCCACCCCCUGGGAGCACUAAGCGAGCACUGCCUACCAGCACCAGUUCCUCUCCACAGCAAAAGAAGAAACCACUGGAUGGAGAAUAUUUCACUCUUCAGAUCCGUGGGCGUAAACGCUUUGAGAUGUUCCGAGAGCUGAAUGAGGCCUUGGAGCUGAGGGAUGCUCAGGCUAGAAGGGAACCAGGGGAAAGCAGGGCUCACUCUAGCCACCUGAAGUCUAAGAAGGGGUCUUCUCCCUCCUGCCAUAAAAAACCAAUGCUCAAGAGAGAAGGGCCUGACUCAGACUGA